GACCGAUGGGGGGUCGUUUUCGCUGGAUCACAGCGGACAAGCUUGCACGACUAUGAAGGACAGGCUAGUUACUGGUCGCUUACCUCAACGAAUGGAUUUUGAGGGCAGGGGAGUUCGGUCUGAUUGAUGCACAACGGACAUAUGAGUUCCAGUGUGGCCGACGGAAGGUCGUGUCGACCUGAGAUACUGUAGGAGCGUCGUUCUUAUCAGGAGGAGCUCCUCCCAGGAACGUGCUGUCGCCGGGGUUGGGCGCCAGCCAAGUGGAGUGAAUUCCAUAACCUCCCCCGGAUCACAGAGGUGAUCCAGAUCGCGCUGCACAAGCUGAGGCCUGAUCACCAGCAUGGUGCUGGCCACACUGCCACUGCUGGGGCUGGGAGCUCCUCCCCUCGCUUGCUGUCAGGGGUGUUGUCGUGGGCCAUGGCUUUGAGAGCGAAGGGAACAAGACCGCUGCCCGAUUUGGAGUCAGCCUAUCCUGAUGGCCCGUUAUCAUCCUAUAAUUCGAGACUAUGCGUCUGAGGAGAGCGUGAGCAACCGAGCCCUGCAUAGAACACCACCGCCACACCAGUAUCUACGACCUGGUUCUAGAGUCUUGCUUCGUGGCCAAGAUGUCUUUCGGGAAAAUCUACACAUACCCCAAGGCUCCAAGAUCGACGCCGACGUUGUAUAUCGCCUACUACAACAAGCUCGACGUCGAGAUUGUCACCGCUCUACCAGGCAAGAUCUAUCUAGAUCACGAUGGCGUGGGUGAAGAGUACUUUUCCAAGUUUCAUACUGGGAAGGUCCCUGCCGUGGAGACGGCGGACGGGUUCUGUGUCUACGAAAGCAUCGCCACUUCAUGGUUCUUGGCAAAGCAGGAUCCCAACACGAAACUGCUGGGCUCGAAUCUCCGAGAGGAGACGACUGUUCUGAGAUGGGCCUCUUUCACCAACUAUGAGCUGCUUCCACCCAUCAUGGCUUGGAUCAACCCCAUCAUUGGCCGGGCUCCGUCAAGCCCAGAAAUUCUCGACCAGUUAGAGCAAAAUUGUGAGCUUACCGUCCGAGCCGUGGAGAAGGAAAUCAAAGGCAAAAAGUUCCUGGUCGGCGACGUGCUGACCAUGGCUGACCUUUUCGUCAUCUCCGGCCUGGCUCGGGGAUACCAAUUCGUCUUCACCAAGAAGUGGGCGGCAAAGCAUCCUAUCGUGCACAAGUACUACGAAAGCAUUCGAACGGAUCCAAUCUUCACCAAGAUUCUGGGAGAACAUGUCGUUCGUGAUGAGCCUGGUGGGACGUACCCGGACUAUGAUGGGUUGAAAUAAAAUGAUAGAUAGUACCAGAGCAAGUCAAGCCUCGCUUUCACUGAUUGAAGCGUCCUCCAUGGACUCCUUGAGGACCGCGCUCAUCCAGCUGCCAAUCGGCCAAACAUUCCGUGACGAGAAAGUUCUCUCAGCCCAUUCGAG